AUGUUCUUACUCAUUUAUGUUGAUGAUAUUAUCAUUGUUUCAUCAGUUCCUGCUACUAUUACUGAACUUUUACAGCUACUUGGCACUGACUUUGCGGUUAAAGACUUCGGAUCAUUACACUAUUUUCUUGGCAUUGAGGUUAUACCCGUGAAAGAUGGUCUUCUUCUCUCCCAACAGAAGUACAUUAGGGAUCUACUAAACAAAACCAAUAUGGCAGAUGCAAAACUGGUUAGUUCUCCAAUGUCUUCUUCCUCAGCCUUGUUUGCAUUCACGGGUGACCCUAUGGAAGAUCCCUCUUUAUAUCGCAGCACAGUUGGUUCUCUGCAGUACUUAUCUCUCACACGUCCAGACUUAGCGUUUGCUGUCAAUCGUGUUUGUCAAUUCAUGCAUCGCCCAACAAAGCUUCAUUGGCAAGCCGUCAAAAGAAUUCUUAGAUACCUCAAGCAUUCCAUCACUCAUGGCCUGUUGUUGCACAAGAACUCUUCCACCUCUAUUCAAGCUUAUUCGGAUGCUGAUUGGGCGGGAUGCCUUGAUGACAGGCGCUCUACAGGAGCCUACUGUGUUUUCCUUGGCAACAACUUGAUUUCUUGGAGCUCUAGAAAGCAGUCAACCGUGUCUAGGUCUUCCACAGAGGCUGAAUACAAGUCUGUUGCCAAUACUGCCGCAGAAUUACUUUGGCUUUGUUCUCUUCUCCAAGAACUUGGUGUUUCACGGCCUAAUCCACCAAAACUUUGGUGCGACAACAUUGGAGCCACUUACUUAUCAGUCAAUCCUGUGUUCCACGCAAGGACGAAACAUGUGGCCAUUGAUUUUCAUUUUGUUUGGGAGUUAAUUGCUUCCAAGUUCUUAGAAAUUCACUUUGUUGCAAGUUCUGAUAAGAUUGCGGAUGUGCUCACCAAGCCUCUUGUUUCCAAACGUUUUCAAAUCCUUUGCUUCAAGCUCAACGUUCGUUCACUCCCGCUGAACUUGAGGGAGGAUAUUAGCGCACAGCAUACUCCUAGUGUGAUUCAAUCUCUUAAGAAUCCUAGUGAGUGUGCUGAUAGACUCCCGGUUGAUCAAACCUCCUAG